AUGCAAAAAAUAUUUUGUGCAUGUUACCAAAACACGUGUUUAAUUUUUUGUUUUUAUAAAUAUUAUCCUAAUAUUUAGAUUGUCUACUUAUUAUCUCUUACCAAGUGUUAGUUUAUAUAAAAAAAAUGGAUUGUUUGAAAGUUUAACCUCUAAGAAUCAAUAUAAAUAAGCAUGUCCCGAUUAAUUGUUAAGAAUUUACCAAAUAAGGUAACUGUAGAAAAGCUGAAGGAGAUCUUUAGUGAAAAAGGUGAAGUAACUGAUGUCCAAUUAAAAUAUACUAAAGAUGGAAAAUUUAGAAAUUUUGGUUUUGUGGGAUACCGAACAGAGGAACAAGCUUCAGCAGCAAGAGAUCAUUUUGAUACAACAUUUGUUAAUAGCAUGAAAAUCAAUGUAGAAAUCUGCGCUAACCUAGGUGACGAAAAGAAACCAAAAGCAUGGAGUAAAUAUGCACUUGACAGCACAGCUUAUAAAAAGCUUCACAAAAAUGAUGUACAAGAGAUCGUCAAACCAAAGAAAGAAAAGAUAAGCAAAGCAGAAAGGAAUAAGAAUAAAAUUAAAGAACUCUUGAAAAAGCACAAAGCUGAUCCAUUAUUUGCAGAGUUCAUAGAAUCUCAUGUUAAUGAAAAAACAGUUUGGAUCAAAGAGGCUUUAGAAGAAACUAGUAAAAGUGAUGACAGUGGUAUGGAAGAAGAGAAACCUGAAGAGGAAAUCCAACAAGACACUGAAAAGGCACCCAAAAAUGUUACUCAAGAGAAAGAAAAGAAAAAGAAAGUUGCUAAUACUGGAAUCAGUGACUUAGAGUACAUGAAAUUGCUAAUGAAAAAAGUGGAUGGUUUUGAAGAGAAAGACAAGGAAAUAACUGAAGAAAUUGAAGUUAAACCUAAGAAAAUAAGGAACAGACCUUUAUUUUAUGUCAAAAUAACUGGUUUGCCAUAUAAAUGUAAAAAGAAAGACAUUAAGGCGUUUUUCAAACCACUAGUACCAUUCUCUAUAAGAUUGCCCCUGGGAAAAGAGAGAAAACUGACUGGAUUCUGUUAUGUGGGCUUUAGAACUGAAAAAGAAUUGAAUAAGGCACUUACAAAGGACAAACUCUUUAUAGCCAAUCACCGCCUACACGUACAUAAAUAUGAGGACAGAGCAAAGAAAGCAGUCGAAGAAGAGGAACAAAAAAACAGUAGACAAAAUCAAGAGAGAAACGGUAAUGAAGAAAGCAUAGGUGAAAGCGGUAGCAUAUUUGUAAGGAAUUUGGCAUACGUCGUGUCGGAAGGAGAGCUCACACAAUUAUUUGAGAAAUAUGGUCCCUUAGCGGAAGUCCACAUGCCAAUAGACCCAAUCCUCCGACAGCCCAAGGGGUUUGCCACGGUCACAUUCGUGAUACCGGAAAAUGCUGUAAAGGCUUAUACUGAGCUCGAUGGCACGGCGUUCUGCGGUCGAAUGCUGCAUUUGUUACCCGCUAAGACUGAGAAACUCGAAGAUGAAGAUAAUGACGAAGGCCUAUCAUUCAAGGAGAAGAAAGCAAAGAAAUUAAAACAGCAAGCGAAGUCGUCGCACAAUUGGAACGUGUUGUUCCUCGGCGUGAACGCAGUCGCUGACGUUGUCGCAGCCAACUACAACACAACGAAAGAGCAGCUACUGAACGAUAAUAACAAAAACACGAGUGCUGCUGUGCGGCUAGCCCUCGGAGAAACACAACUGGUUGCCGAAACCAAAUCGUUCUUGGAAUCCAACGGAGUCUAUUUAGAUGCAUUCAAUAGGCCUGCCAAAAAUCGAUCAAAGACAUGUAUCCUAGUUAAAAAUCUACCGGCUGGAACAGAAAAAGAUGAAAUCAAGAUUUUAUUCGAAAAACAUGGACACUUAGCUCGAUUUUUAAUGCCGAACCACGGCAUAACGGCACUUGUGGACUUUAUAGAGCCUUUCGAAGCUAAAAAAGCUUUUAGCAAAUUAGCAUACUCGCAGUUCAAAUCGGCUCCAUUGUAUUUAGAAUGGGCUCCAGAAAAUGUGUUCGUGAAAUCUGCAGAAAAGACGGAAGAAGUUAACAAAGAACUGACUAACACGAAGGAAAAAGUGAAAGAGUUGACUCACUCAAAAGAACUAACCAAAUCAAAGGAAAAGGAGAAACCAAACGAAAGAGAUAUUAUAAAAGACAAGAAACAAGAGGAGGAUAAACAACAAAAAGCGCCUAAAAUUGAUGCAAGUAUUGAAGAGGAAACACCAGAAAACGAUACUACACUUUUUGUUAAAAACAUUAAUUUCAUAACAACGGAUGAAUCGUUAAGAGAGCAUUUUUCCGGUUGUGGGAGAAUACACAGUGUCACGGUAGCAAAGAAAAGGGACCCGAAAAACCCCGGCCACUUAUUGUCGAUGGGCUAUGGAUUCGUUCAGUUCGUGAAAAAAGAACACGCUAACGAAGCUCUUAAAGAGUUGCAAGGUUCCACGCUCGAUGGAAAAAGCUUAGAGCUGAAACGAUCUGAAAAGGGAAAUUCCACCCAGGUGUACUCUUCUAAGAAGAGUGCAAAAGACACCACCCAAAAUGGCACAAAAUUGCUCGUGCGCAACGUACCAUUUCAAGCGAAUAGAAAUGAACUGCACGAAAUAUUCAGAGCGUUUGGCGACAUCAAAACUUUGCGGUUGCCUAAGAAAUUGACAGCUGGAUCUGACCAACAUCGAGGAUUCGCCUUUGUCGAUUAUUAUUCAAAAACUGAUGCAAAGUCCGCAUUCGAAGCACUAUGCCAAUCAACCCAUCUGUACGGAAGACGACUGGUCCUGGAGUGGGCUGACCAAACUGAUGAGAAUGAAGACAUUGAUAUGCUGAGAAAAAGAACAGCUCAGAGUUUCAACGCCAAAGUGCCGGGUGGGAAAAAGUCCAGGAAAGGAGCGGUUGAUGUUGAAACAUUUGUUGAACCCGAUAAUAAUAGUUGAAAAUAAAUAAUUGUUUUGUUA